CCAACUGGGCUGUUACUAUAUUUUAAAAUUUAUAUUUUAUUCUUAUUUUUAAAAUAUGUUCUGUGUUACUGUUGUCUUUGAAUGUAUGCGCGGAUACUGCCAAGACAAAUUCGUAGUACAUGCAGCUGCUUAAGCCUCAGGUGGAGAGGCAUCGAAGGGAGAGAAUAAAUCGAAGUCUGGAGAGUCUGAAAGCGCUCCUUCUGCGGGAGCCGUGGCAGCAGGAAACGAUAUGCGGUCAAAUGGAAAAAGCUGAAGUACUGAAGUACUUUCUGCGGAGCUCAGUCGACAGGGAGACAAAUGGGCACUUUCAGAAUGGGUUCUCAGCUUGCCUACAGCGAGCUUCACAGUUCUUAUAGAACGAAGAUGCUCGCCACCUUCUACAAUCGUCUUUCGCAUACCCCAACCUGGGAUAAGCCGCCGUUAAUGGCAGGUCAGUCGUACCUACAGGCAUCGUCUUCUCCUCGAAGGAAUUACCAUACUGUCUAUUACAGAAGAUUGCUAG